AGCGCCCCCAGCCCCGAGCCCUCGCUUGCGCCCCUGCCCCCUGCACUGUGGCCAGGCUGAGCGGCUUGCUGCAGCUCGGGGGUCUCAUCGUGUCCGUGAACGGGGGAUCCGCAGUGACGCCUGUGAUCGGGGUCGCUGCGGAUUCCUCCAGAUGGGGACGCCGGGGCUGCGGGACCUGUGACUGCCUGAGCACGGCCCGGAGCUUGUCUGCCACCUCCAGAUCUGGGGUUGGUGUCAUUUGAGGACGUAGCCGUGGACUUCACUUGGCAGGAAUGGCAGGAGCUGGAUGCUGCUCAGAGGACCCUCUACAGGGACGUGAUGCUGGAGAACUACAGCAGCCUGGUGUCCUUGGGGCACUGCGUGACUAAACCUGAGUUGAUCUUAAGGUUAGAGCAUGGAUUCCGGCCAUGGAGCAUAGGAGACACUUCAGUCUGGAGUCUCCCAGGUGUUCUUGAAGUGUAUACUCCAGAAGAGAGUUGCCUGGAAAAUUCAGAGAGUCAUAUAUGGCCAGUGGGAAGCAUCAGCAGAGAUAUUUCAAAUAAAGAGAUGAUUGAAGCAGAAAUGAAGGUUCAGCUGGAAUUUCCCCGAGGUGCAAAACCCUAUGAAUGGAAACCAUGUAUGCACAGCAAGCAGCAUGCAUCCUAUCCAAGUGUGAAACCCUACGGAUGGAAGGAGUGUCAGAGAGCGUUCUGUUACAAGUCGGCACUCACUCAGCACCAGAGAACUCGUACAAGACUGAAGAUCUAUCAGUGUACAGAAUGCAGGAAAGCUUUCCCCUCCAAAUCAGAACUCACUGUGCAUCAUAGAAUUCACACCGGUGAGAAGCCCCAUGAAUGUGAAGAAUGUGGCAAAGCUUUCUACCGUAAGUCAACCCUUACAGUACAUCAGAAAACUCACAGAGGUGAGAAACCUUAUGAAUGUAAAGAAUGUUGGAAAGCUUUCUAUUAUAAGUCAACUCUCACCGAACAUCAGCGGAUUCAUACCGGCGAGAAGCCUUACGUGUGUAAAGACUGUGGGAAAGCUUUCUUCUACAAGUCAAACUUAACUCGCCAUCAUAGAACUCACACAGGCGAGAAGCCUUAUGAAUGUGAAGAGUGCAGGAAAGGUUUUUCCUCCAAGUCAGAGCUCACGUCACAUCAUAGAACGCAUACCGGUGAGAAGCCCUAUCAGUGUGAAGAAUGUGGCAAAGCUUUUUACUGCAAGUCAACCCUCCGUGUGCAUCAAAAAAUACAUACAGGUGAAAAGCCUUAUGAGUGUAAGGAAUGUCAGAAAUCUUUCUAUUAUAAGUCCACUCUGACUGAACAUCAGAGAACUCACACAGGGGAGAAGCCUUAUGAAUGUAAAGACUGUGGUAAAGCUUUCUUCUACAAGUCACAGUUAACUCGCCAUCAUAGAAUUCAUACAGGGGAGAAGCCUUAUGAAUGUGAAGAGUGCAGGAAAGCCUUCUCCUCCAAGUCGGAGCUCACUGCUCAUCAUAGAACUCAUACCGGUGAGAAGCCCUAUGAAUGUAAAGAAUGUGGCAAAUGUUUCUGUCGCAAGUCACACUUAACUCUUCAUCAUAGAAUCCAUACAGGUGAGAAGCCCUAUGAAUGUAAAGAUUGCAAAAAAGCUUUUUUCUGCAAGUCAGGACUUGCCCGACAUCUGGGAACUCAUAGCCAUGGUACUAAUACAAAGAAUAGAGAAAAGCAUUUUCCUGCAACUCACAGCUCAGUCAAUAUCAGAAAUGAUAUACAAGUUAGAAACCCCGUGGUUAUAAAGAAUGAAGAAAAACUCCCUACUAUAAAUCAGUCCUCGGUCCAUAUGAUGGACUUCCUAGAGUUGGGAAGUCCUAUAGACGUACACAAUGCAGGAAAACUUACCUUCUUAACUCAUGCCUCAUUCAGUAUGAAUGAACUCAGGUGAGAGACUAAUAACUGCGAAGGCUAGAAAGCACACAGUCAGCCAGGAUCACUUGACAUCAGAGAAUGCCCGUAGAAAGAUUACAGCAAAGAACUGCCACAAGGGAGACCUCUCUCAACAUCAGAAGAACAUUUUGUCUGGAAAGAACACAGGAAAGUUCUACUAUAGUUAUCUCAAUGUAAGCAACUUAAACAUGUGAAGAAGCUUAUGAAUUAAAAGCCAAAAGUUUUGAAUGAUGAGUCAGAUCUCCAUUGAAACCUGCAAUGAAAAACCCUGAGAAUGUAUAAAAAUCAAAAAAAAAAAAUAUUUUCCAUUGUUGACUAUUAUAUAUGUACUAACAUUGAAAAACAAACAUUUAAGGGACCCUUUUAAAGAACAUAGGAAAUAUUUGAUAAGUCAGAUCACAUUCUGCAUCAAAAAAGUCAUACAGGUGAGAGACUAUGUACAAAUUUGUCAUGUGUAGUGGUACUUAUGUUCCAUUUCAUUGACACAUAGAUAUUCAAGACUAGGAAACAUCGUAUUUUCUCCAACUCUGGGUGGGCCUAGAGUGUUAUAAGGGCAUGUAUAGAAAUGUGAUAUAGUUCAGAAGUGCUGUUGAGGUAUGACUGAUUCUGUAUCUGGUAGGAGGCACUGGCUUAUUUUGUAGGACUGCUAAAGUCACUGGUAAUCUGUUUUCUGAUUCUCAUCUCGCAAGAGAAAAUGUGGUAAAUCUUCUGAUAAAGUCAUUUCAGUCUGGCAGUCAGUGAUAUAGGGGUCCAGAAAUUAACAGUGCUUAUUUCCUGAUCUCAGAUAAGUGAUGGUUAAGAGUGGUAACAUUUAUAUCAAAUUCGUAGCACAGGAAAGCUCAAGGUACAUGGGGCUUGUACCAUACUUUGCAGUUACAGAAAGGAAUCUAGACCAGUGCCUAAGAUAACAAACCAUGAGUGUUAUAGCCAGGAUCAAAUAUCAUAUCUCAGCUCAGUGUCUCUUGGACUAUCCCUGCACCAUUUUACUUGAGCAUAUUUAUACUGCUUGUUAUUAGUGGAUGAAGGGAGAACAGUCUUUACUAUCAUUUUCCAGCUCUGGCAGAAGAGAAUCUAAAUAAUAGUGUCAUCAGUCUUUUAAGCCAAGCAAAUCCCAACUGGGCUUAUUGCUGGUUUAUACCCUCUUCGCUUUCCAGCAUCCAACUGCUCCCUUCCAAUUGGCAACUCUGCAGACUACCAGGGGAAAAGAUUUAGAGUGAGUGCCAGGAAAGACUAGGGAAGGGGCUACAUCUUCCAUCUGUGCUGUUUUGGAAAAAAUCCCAUUCCUGCUGAGUAAGGCUUUCCAGAUGUGGCCCACGAGGGGUGGGGCUUUGUAAGUGACCCUUACCACACUCUAUAAGGAAGCCAAAUAAAGUCAUUCGUGUAUUUAUGAACUUUGGUGGAAUUAUGACUCUGUUUGUCAUCAGUACCUUAGGGGAAGAGGUAGAGAUGGCUUUACAUCUCCCCCUGAGAAGGAAUUUAUUUCAACAUGGAGUCACUAUUAGGAUGAACCUUUACUCAAGAUGAGGCAGUAGCAGCACAAAGUGAGUAUUCCUAUGGUGGGUUGGAUCUCUAGGAAGUCAGGGUGAUCUUUACCUGUCAUCCAAAUCCAGCCUUGCUCACCUUUUCCCAUGUUAGUUAUUGAUUGAGUAGAUAAUGCAAGAAAAUUUUAUGCUCAGAAAAUUCUAUGCUUAGUUUGAAUUGGAGUAAGAGGUACUGAUAAGAAGAAGUUUACACAAGACAUUUUAAAAUAUUAUUAUUUACUUUAAUAUCUUUCAAGAAUCUCAGUAAUCUACCUUGACCCAGUGUAGUGAGAAAAAAGAGGGAGACAGCUAAGGAUAUCCUGGAAACAAGUUAAUGAGUCUUCAGUUGAGUAACCUGGGCCUUGAAUAGAUAUUGAAGCUUGUGCAUUUAUCAUUUCUACUACUAUGAUGGCAUAGUGUCAUCCCUUUACUUAUCACCUUUCUCACUGACCUGGUGCUUCUGGAUCUUUGUGAAGGAUUAUGUGGAUGUGAGUGAUCCUGGAGUCAGAGCUUUGGGACAAGGAGUCUGUCCCAAAGGCUUAGGAAGAAGUCUCAAAAUCUCAGUACAUAGAAAAGAAAAAGUCCUUCCAGAAGAAUCUCAAAUCAGAUUAUGAUCUAGGUGCGUAUUGUCUGCUUCUCAGAGUAUACAAACAAGUAUACAAGAUAUACUUGUAUAUACAGAGUAUACAAGAUACAAACAAGAUAAGAAGUCUUGAGUAUACAGAAGUCUGAAGUUUUCACUGACUUGUAGUUAGUUUCUAGUGUGAGUAGGUAAAAGGUAGCAUGUGUUCUUCCUAAAUAUGAGAAAAACGAGUGGCUAGUACUCAACAUACUAUAUGAGUCCACAUGUUCCCAGACUGUGUUCAGAAGUUUAGAUUUAUGACCUUUUCCACACAUAUCUGACUAUACAAGACCCUAGAAAUGGUGCAAAUGGUAGAGGGUAUGGCAACUGUGAUGUAAGGGGGAUUUUGAUAGACUUUGGCUGCUUGCCCACUAAGGCAGUAUUAUCUAGUUUUUCAAAAAUGCAGAUGAUGAGCACCUAGCUGUCUUAUAGUUCAGGAUAAGAAUAGGAGUGUGGUAGUCCUCCCUUUGCUUAUUAGGUUUUCAGAGAUACAGAAAUUGCACAUCAGGAUCAAAAGAGGGUUUGUAGAUGGGACCAGAGCAUAGACAAUUAGUUGUGUGUGUGUGUGUGUGUGUGUGUGUGUGUGUGUGUGUGUGUGUGUGUGUGUGUUUGUGUGCAAACUUUCUUUGUAAACUCAAGAGUAAAUGUUGAGUAAACAGUGGUUUACAUCCUUGUCUAUACUAAAAAAGGCUCUAGCAAGAAGUCUGAGAGGACAUAAUCUACUUGCCAUCACCAGUGCCUUGUAACAUUAUCAUCAAGCACAAAAGUACCUAAUCUCAUGAUAAAACAGACAUGGAACCAGAAAAGAGACAUGUCAUGCUACAUUUAAAGAAAUAGAACAGUCCUUUCACAAGGGAAAUGCUAAGACCAUUGGCAAAUAGAGAUAUUUACAUCAUGAUUCAUAAUAGUAGCAAAAUACCAUUAUAACAUAUCGAUGGAAAUAAUUUUAUGGUUGGCUGGUAAAAGCUAGUUAGUGUCUGAAUUCCAUAAGAUUAAUUAGUAAGGCUCAAGGAUACAGUAGUUAAUGUGCAAAAUGUUUAGAAGUUCUUUUAAAAUUAGGCAUUCAUUUAUCUUACUCAGAGAACCAAAACCUUGAUAGUUACUGAUGUAUCUAAAAACUGAAUUUUAGAACAAAUAUCUACCCUGCUGUAUGUGGAGAUAUUACUGUAUUUUAAGUGUCAAUCAGGAUGUUGGGAGAAUCAGUGGAUAGACUAUAAUAAGUGAGCAUAUAUGCAUGACAAACUCAUUGAAGAAGUGAUGAAAGGUGCUAAGAAACAUAAGCAGGCUUGUGACUGUGUUCUCCAGAUAUCAGACUGCACAAACUACUCCAGUUGCCAAAUAUGUUGUUAAUCACAGGUACACAAAUUUGCAAUUAUCAAGGUACUCUUGGAAAGGAGUACAUUAUAGAUAAGUGGGACUGAUUCCUACAAUCUAAUUGAACAAUUUGUAAAUAAAAUGAAAGUGUUCUAGCAAACACUGUGCCAGUGUAUAAUUGGUACCAUCAAUAUGAACCUAUCCCCAUUCCAUACUUGAAUCACUUCGUGAGUGUAUUUCUCUGCAAUCCUUUUGAACCAAUAUUGAAAUAGUCUCUUGUGUUAUAAUCAUUCACAUGAAUACUUAUUUCUGGAUUGUAUCCUUGGUAGGAGGAUUUCAAAUAUAUUUACCAGCUAAUUUUUCUAAAUGAAUAAUAAUUUAUAUUUAAAUUUUUAUUGACUAUUCAGUUUUUCUAACUCUCACAGGUUGGGUUUUAAAGAUUUUUUUUUUUGAAGUUAAAAUAUAUUCUUUUCCUCCUUCUCUUUCCUCCCUCCAACCUUUUCCAUGUACUGUUUGCUCUCUCAAAUUCAUGGUCUCUUUACUUUUUGUUCCAGAUGUAUGUGAAAAAAUAUAUUCCUAAAUAUAUAAAUAUAGUCUCUUAAUCUGCAUAAUACUACUUGUAUGUGUGUGAUUUUAGGGUAUUGGAUAACCAAUUGGUAUGUUCUUCUUCGCUUGGGAAGAUUAUUUCUCCUGUUCUCAGCAUUCCUUAGUUAUCUGUAGUCCUUUAUCUAGAGUUGACACCUUGUGAGAUUACUGACUACCCCGUGUUAGUAUGUCUGUUAAUUCUAUCCUUUAAAGAGAGAGAUUUUAAAAAUUGUAUGUGUAUGAGUAUUUUGCUGUCACUUAAGUUAAUAUACUAUGUACAUGCUUACUAACUGCAGAUUCCAGAAGAAGAUGUUGGAUCCCAUGAAACCAGAGUCAAUAGAUGGAUAGAUGGUUGUGGGUAAUUUGCAUGCUGCGAUCUGAGCCUAGGUCUUCUUCAGAAGCAGCAAGUACUCUUAACUACUGAGCCAUCUCUGCAGCCCGUGCCACUAGUGAUUUAGCUUACAUCUACAUUGAUUUCUCUAAUUUCUAAGCAUAUUGAAGAUAAUUUAUGAUAUUAAACACUCACACAUGUUCUAUACAA